GUCUUAAUCCUGUUCUACCCUUUCCUCUCGCUAUUAACUUUUCUAUCUUGGACACCCGUUUACUAUGCACAAUCUACAACUAAGAUGGAUAAGGAUCAGGAUCAGGAAUUCGAUAGAUUCGACGGUCUGAAGCCAUACAGACAAUUUCGACUCGGUUCACGGACAAUUAAAGCCACCAAGGCGACCUCGCUCAGCACCCGUCGUCAAGUCUAUCGACUACAUAUCGAGCGCCCGACGAUCUUUGACUACAUCCCGAUUGCCGUAGUUCGCCGGGUCCUCCACCGAUUCGUCGAUAUAGCGCUCCCGUGGGCCAAGACACAUUGGCCGGAAUGGUUCCUCCCUCCGACCGUUAUCCUUAAGAGGAUGAAGGGCUAUGACGAUCCUGAUAACCUACCAGACCCCGAAGAUAUGCGAACGCCCGAAGAGAAGUUCGAGUACGAGAAGCAAGCGUACCUCCGGCUCCGGCCGGUCCAGGGCACGGCCGUGCCCCGCAUCUACGGGGAGGCCGAGUACAGCGGAUUUCGGGCCCUGGUCCUCUCCGACGUUGGUGGCGUGACGCUCCACCACCUGCCCUGCGAUACCGAGGUUGAUGAUCUGAAGGGCAAGAUCGAGGCGGCCUUCCGGGGCUUAGCAGCAUGUGGUGUGAAGCACGGCGACCCCGAAACACAUAACGUUAUUCUCGUUGACGAUUUCCGUCAUGCUAUAGUAGUUGACUUCGAGUAUGCCGAGUUCGUCGAUACAGAAUGGGAUACAUCGCCCUCAAAAGAGGAUGCCUCUGCAUGCUGGCAUACGUAUAUAGAGACUAAAGCUGUCUUACUCGAGAGUCGUCGACUAUCACGCAUGACCCCCGAGAAGUUUGCGGCCUUGAGGCGCGAGGAGCAAAACCGUGCUGAAGCCGCAGCAUUGCGAUUACAGGCACAGCGGAAGCACUGGUUCGAGGAAUAUAAGAAUUCUCGCGGGGACGAGGGGGUUCCUUAUGUCGAUUAGGAAGUGCCCGAACGCAUAACGGGUGCGGAAUAAAGUGUCGGUCUGCCGCGGAUUGAAUCUAAGCUACCUUAGGAAUGGGGAGGGCAGAUCGCUCCCUUGAGUACUUUCAGUCUACCUGUUUGUAAUACCCGUUUUGUAUAGGCCUACGUGUACAGUUCCUGUACCGAUCCGUGUGCCCGUCCUCCCCAGU